GCCAAGAUGGCCGCGCCCGUGCGCUAUUACUGAAGGGCGCCGCCAUCGCAGCUGCCGGACCCGCUAAGGCCGCCCUCCGGGUAGCCGCCAUGUCGGUCUCCAGCGGCGACCAGAUUCUGACAAAGCCAGAGACCGUGGACCGGAGGAGAAGUGCGGGAACGACCAAAGAGGCCGGGCGACCACUGGAGAUGGCUGUGUCCGAGCCCGAGGCCAGCGCCGCGGUAUCAGUAACAUUCAAACAUGUGACUAUGGCCUUUACCCAGAAGGAAUGGAAGCAACUGGAUCCUGCUCAGAGCAACCUGGAUAAUGAUGUGAUGCUGGAGAACUACAGCAACCAAGCCUCAAUGGGGUGUCAAGCUCCCAAACCAGACAUGAUCUCCAAGUUGGAAAAAGGAGAAGCACCAUGGUUGGGGAAGGGGAAAAGACCCAGUCAAGGUUGUCCAAGUAAAAUAGCAAGACCCAAGCAAAAAGAAACUGAUGGAAAAGUCCAGAAAGAUGAUGACCAGCUUGAAAAUAUCCAGAAAUCUCAAAACAAACUCCUCAGGGAAGUUGCAGUCAAGAAGAAAACUCAAGCUAAGAAGAAUGGCAGUGACUGUGGUUCACUGGGGAAAAAAAAUAAUUUGCAUACAAAACAUGUUCCUUCAAAGAAAAGGCUUCUUAAAUUUGAGUCACGUGGAAAAAUUUUGAAACAGAAUUUAGAUUUACCUGAUCACUCAAGAAACUGUGUAAAAAGGAAAUCUGAUGCAGCUAAAGAACACAAGAAGUCAUUCAACCAUAGCUUAUCUGAUACAAGGAAAGGCAAAAAGCAAACUGGAAAGAAACAUGAGAAAUUAUCCAACCAUAGCUCAUCUGAUAAGUGUAACAAAACUGGCAAAAAACAUGACAAAUUGUGCUGUCAUAGUUCAUCCCAUAUUAAACCGGACAAAAUUCAAACUGGAGAGAAACAUGAGAAAUCACCCAGCCUUAGCUCAUCUACUAAGCAUGAAAAACCUCAAGCUUGUGUGAAACCCUAUGAAUGUAAUCAAUGUGGAAAGGUUCUCAGCCAUAAACAAGGACUCAUUGACCAUCAGAGAGUUCAUACUGGGGAGAAACCAUAUGAAUGUAAUGAAUGUGGGAUAGCCUUUAGCCAAAAGUCACACCUUGUUGUACAUCAGAGAACUCACACCGGAGAAAAACCAUAUGAAUGUAUUCAGUGUGGCAAAGCCCAUGGUCAUAAACAUGCACUCACUGACCAUCUAAGAAUUCAUACUGGAGAAAAGCCCUAUGAAUGUGCUGAAUGUGGGAAAACCUUCAGACACAGCUCAAACCUUAUUCAACAUGUGAGAUCUCACACAGGUGAGAAGCCAUAUGAAUGUAAGGAAUGUGGGAAGUCUUUUAGGUAUAACUCAUCUCUUACCGAACAUGUGAGAACACAUACAGGUGAAAUACCAUAUGAAUGCAGUGAAUGUGGAAAAGCCUUUAAGUAUAGCUCAUCCCUUACUAAACACAUGAGAAUUCAUACAGGUGAGAAACCCUUUGAAUGUAAUGAAUGUGGGAAAGCUUUCAGCAAGAAGUCACACCUCAUUAUACAUCAAAGAACUCAUACUAAGGAGAAACCUUAUAAAUGUAAUGAGUGUGGAAAAGCCUUUGGACAUAGCUCAUCUCUUACUUACCAUAUGAGAACUCAUACAGGUGAAAGUCCCUUUGAAUGUAAUCAAUGUGGGAAAGGCUUUAAACAAAUUGAAGGCCUUACUCAACAUCAGAGAGUUCAUACUGGAGAGAAACCGUAUGAGUGUAAUGAAUGUGGGAAAGCCUUUAGCCAAAAGUCUCACCUCAUUGUACAUCAGAGAACUCAUACUGGGGAGAAACCUUAUGAAUGUAACGAAUGUGAAAAAGCCUUUAAUGCAAAAUCACAGCUUGUUAUACAUCAGCGAUCCCACACUGGAGAAAAACCCUAUGAAUGUAAUGAAUGUGGGAAAACUUUCAAACAAAAUGCAUCCCUAACCAAACAUGUGAAAACUCAUUCAGAAGAGAAAUCUCAUGAGUGAAGUUAAUGUGGGAAAUUUGUUAACUAAAUUUAAGGUUUUGUUGAACCUUGGAAAUAUGCUGAAUUUAAAGAGUGUUAGAAAGCCUUUAGCAAGAUGUCACACCUUGUUGUACAUGAGAAACUUUGAAAAUGGAUCUUCAUAUAGAAUCAGUGGAUGGAAACAAGGGUUUAAACUUGUUACAAAACCUUUUAUAAAAAAUAUUGUUUCAACAGUACUCAAUUAUUAUAAAUGAUCUACAUGUUCAGAUUGAAAUUGAAAGCUUUAAAAAUUGUGAAUAAUUUGAAUAUUCAAAGCAAUGGAGAAGCAAGUUAUAUAUGCUGACAGUUCCUGUGUUUCUUCUUGUUUUGUACUUAAGCACCAUAUAUUAGAGUUGAAUUUGCAUAUCUGUUUAUUGCCUUAUGUAAAUGAGUGUGGCCAUCUGUAUAAGCCUCUUUGACAUUCUCACCCAGCUCUUUCUUAAUGUCUGUGUUGGCUUCUGCAUCAGCAGAAAUCUUUUUAAAAGGGUUGUUAUAUAUGUAAAAAAUGUUAACAGGAAAAUGAGAGAAAAUAAAGCAGCUGAGGAUACAAACGUGCUGGUAGGGAGUGAUAUUCAAGAUAUAUUGUGAAGUGUGAAAAAGUAGGUUGCUGAACCAUGUAUAUAGUAUGUUCCCCUUUGUGUACAAAAGGGUAUGUUUGUUUAACCUCUGUCUCUUAUCUCUGUAUGUGUAUGUAUCUUUGUAUGCAUAUAUACAUGUAUCUGUAUGUGAAUAGACUUUGAAAAAAUACAGAAUAAACUUCAUGGUGGUUGCCAUUGGGCGGAGGAGUAUAGGAUUGGGGUCUAGGAUAGGAGCGAGACUUCCUUGUAUAUUUGGAUUUUUAAAUCAUGCACAUGUAUUAUUUUUAUAAUUAAAAUAUUUUAAUAUGCAUAAAUCAACAUUAUUUAAGGUUGUCACUGAGCCCCUCCACAAUGUUGUUUGACAGAGUUAAAAUCUUUGUAUGCUUAUUCAUGAAUGAUGAUGAAUCUAAAGUAUAUAGUAUGAAACUUGAUGUUGAAUUCAUAAAGACUUUUUCUAUCACACACAAGUUCUUUCAUUAACAUAGUGAAUUAUAACA